AUGCUUGGUUCAUAUGAAUAUCCCGAUUAUCCUAUGCUUGAAGCGACAUACGGUGUGAAAGACAACGAUCACAUUCCCGCAGCCACUUUACAUAAGUACCUGACGGAUUAUGCUCUCAAGUUCGGUGUGUUUUCUCGAAUAGUCUUCAAUACACAUGUGUUAUCCAUCGAGCAAACUAGAGAUGAUGGGUGGGAAGUUAAGGCGCAGAGCGAGGGUACUAAAGGAGAAAUUAUCUACCAAAGUAAAAAGAUUGUUAUGGCAACUGGACUCACUUCUCAGCCUAAUAUGCCGGUUUUUACGGGCCAAGAAAGCUUCAAUGUUCCUUUGUUCCAUGCCAAAGACUUUUGUCGUGAAGCCGCCAUCACGAAAGUCGCCAACCACGUUGCAGUUGUCGGUGGAGCGAAGUCCGCCUUCGACAUCGCUUAUGCAUUCGUGCAGGAAGGCGCCCAGGUAGACCUGAUCAUUCGUCCUAAUGGCAAUGGCCCCGUCUGGCUGGCGCCGCCUUUUGUCACACCACUGAAGCGAAAGGUUGAAGAGCUUCUCCAUACUCGCCUUUUGACCUGGUUCAGCCCCUGUCCAUGGGGUAACGAGGACGGAUUUGGCAUUAUUCGCCACUUUUUACAUAAAACUGGCGUUGGUCGGUGGUUAGUGCACAACUUUUGGCACUUACUCGGCUCGGAUAUUAUUGCAACAAACGGUUAUGACUCGCACCCUGAUACCCGAUGCUUGAAGCCUUGGUCAUCCCCGUUCUGGGUGGCUAGUGGAUUAAGUAUUCACAACUACCAAACAAAUUUUUUUGAUCUAAUCAAGAAUGGUGCCAUUCGGGUUCAUGAAGCUGAGAUCAACCAACUGAGUGAGAGGACUGUUCAUUUAUCCACCGGCGAGCUGCUUCCGGCAGAUGCCCUAAUUUGCGCGACCGGGUGGAAAAAGGGAUCUUCCGUGAACUUCCUCGAACUUGAUCUUGGUAUCCCCGGCUCCAGCGCUGAGAAGGAAAAAUUAUACCAGGAAGCUGAGAAGAAGGUGCUGAAUGACUUCUCUGAUCUCUCUUGUCAGCCUGUCCUCCGUUACCGACCACAGACUUCCGACCCCCUCCGACUAUAUAGAUUUAUGGUUCCCACUGGCACGUUUCAAAAGCGUAACAUUGCCUUCGCCGGUGCCGUCUCGACAGUGAGCACAUCCACCUGCGCCAGCAUCCAAGCUCUUUGGAUCUCUGCCUUCUUCGAUGGUCAAUUGAAACGCACGGCCUCUAGCUCUGAGGAAGCAGUCAAAGAGGCAGUCCUAUACUCACAAUAG